AUGGCAGUCUUGAGACUGAAGUUCACCAAGACCAAAAGAGACAAGUUGGCCCAGGUGUUAUGGAUCCUGAACUGGAUCUCAGUAGUGACAGGGGUCAUUCUGUUCAGCCUGGGUCUGUACCUCAAGGUGGAGAUCAACAAGCGAGGAGAGCUGAUGGCGGACAGGGACAUCCAGUACGUGCCCAACAUGCUGAUCGCCGUGGGCCUCAUCGCCUGUGCCAUAAACUUCCUGGGUGGGAAGAUCUGCUACGACUGCGUGGACACCACCAAGUUCUUGCGCUGGAAGCUGAUCAUGCUGCCCUACAUCAUAUGCACGUUCUUCUUCACCUUCUGCGUGCUGGUGGGGGCUCUGUUGUGUUAUAGCAUGCGCGGGGAGCUAGAGGAGUCUCUGAACCUGGGGCUGACAGAGGCCAUCAGGUUUUAUAAGGACACGGACACGCCGGGACGAUGCUUCCUGAAGCGAACUGUGGACAUGCUGCAGAUAGAGUUCCAGUGCUGUGGGAACAGUGGCUAUAAAGACUGGUUUCAGAUCCAGUGGAUUAGCAACCGUUAUCUAGAUAUGUCCCGGAAAGAGGUGGUGGACCGAUUAAAAAGUAACGUGGAGGGGAAGUACCUGAUGGACGGAGUCCCUUUCAGCUGCUGCAACGUCAACUCCCCCCGGCCCUGCAUCCAGCAGCAGAUCACCAACAACUCCGCUCACUUCAACUACGAGCACCAGACAGAGGUGCUGAACCUGUGGAUGAAAGGGUGUCGCCAGGCGCUGCUGGAGUACUACACCCACAUCAUGCAGUCCAUUGGCCUCACAGUCCUCAUCACCUGGCUGUUUGAGCUCUCUGUUUUGACAGGGGUUCGUUACCUGCAGACCUCCCUGGAAAAUGUGCUGAGACAGGGCGACCUCAACUCUGAUUCUGACGGCUGGCUGCUGGAAAACAGCUUCAUGGAGACUGCACGCACCAACCUGAACAUCAUCAAGAACCUCGGCAAGAGCAACCAGAUAGACACAUUCAACAAUGGAGACCCAAACAUUAACGUUCCCUCCACCUCUACAGCUCACUAUGGGCCGGACAAUGUGCCGCCGCCGAAGACAACAACUGAAGCCAGUUGAGCUUUCUCAGGCAUCAGGGAACAGCAUCCUCGACGGCCUAAAU